AUGAGAAUAACAAACGUAAGACGUGGGCGAAUUUACCGCAUCGGGGGCAUUUGCGCAAUUUUGCUGGUUUUGAUUUACGCUCUUCAUAGUUGGUCUAGCACAAAUGUCGGCGUAGAUUCAAAUGAAAUUAUUCAGACAGAUGCUCAAAAAAGUUACUACAAGUUCCACAGAAAUGUUUAUCCCACCCUUAAUACCGAAUUAGGGAACUUUGAACCUAAGACCCGAAGAUCAGUUAAUGGACCUGGCGAAGAAGGAAAACCAUACCACAUGUCUCAGGAUCGGGCAAAUGACAUCACUGAAUCGGAGAGUGAAUAUGGUAUGAAUAUUGCAGCAUCGGAUGACAUAGCUAUGAACAGGUCUAUACCGGACACCCGUCACGAGGAGUGCAAGUAUUGGCACUACCCGAAAGACCUUCCCACCACUUCCGUGAUCGUCGUGUUCCACAACGAAGGAUUCUCCGUGCUGAUGAGGACCGUUCACUCAGUCAUAGAUAGAUCACCGCCGCACAUUCUUCACGAAGUGGUUCUGGUCGACGACUUCUCGGACAAGGACAACUUGAAGGACAACCUUGACAACUACAUAAAACGAUGGAACGGCAAAGUGCGCCUCAUCAGGAAUUCGCAGAGGGAGGGUCUAAUCCGCACCCGCUCCAGAGGGGCUCAGGAGGCGACCGGUGACGUCAUAGUGUUCCUCGACGCCCACUGCGAGGUCAACGUAAACUGGCUGCCUCCCCUCCUUGCCCCUAUAUACCGGGACUACAGGAUCAUGACGGUGCCAGUCAUAGACGGCAUCGACCACAGGUCCUUCGAGUACCGGCCCGUCUACCAACACGGGACCAACUACAGGGGCAUCUUCGAGUGGGGCAUGCUCUACAAGGAGAACGAGGUGCCCGAACGGGAGUCAAGCCUCCACAAGCACAAGUCUGAGCCGUACAAGAGCCCGACACACGCCGGCGGCCUGUUCGCUAUCAACCGCCGCUAUUUCUUGGAGAUAGGCGCCUACGACCCGGGCCUUUUGGUGUGGGGCGGCGAGAAUUUCGAGCUGAGCUUCAAGAUAUGGCAAUGCGGCGGCAGCAUAGAGUGGGUGCCUUGCUCCAGGGUCGGCCACGUGUACCGCGCCUUCAUGCCCUACUCGUUCGGCAGCCUAGCGAAGAACCGCAAGGGCUCCCUGAUAACUAUCAACUACAAGAGGGUGAUUGAGACCUGGUUUGACGAGGAGCACAAGGAGUACUUCUACACCAGGGAGCCGAUGGCCCGCUUCCUGGACAUGGGCGACAUCAGCGAGCAGAUAGCGUUGAAGGAGAGGCUGAAGUGCAAGAGCUUCGGCUGGUUCAUGGAGAACGUGGCGUACGACGUAUACGACAAGUUUCCCAAGCUGCCGAAGAACGUUCACUGGGGCAUGGUGAAGAACAAGGCGGCCGGGGUAUGUUUGGACACGAUGGGUAAAGCCGCGCCCUCGUAUGUAGGUACGUCCACGUGCCACGGUGCGGGUAACAAUCAGCUGUUCCGGCUGAACGAGGCGGGCCAACUGGGCGUCGGGGAGAGGUGUGUGGAAGCCGACAGCGAGAGCCUGAAACAGGCCAUCUGCCGCCUGGGCACCGUUGACGGACCCUGGAGCUACGACGAGGUGCACCAACAUCUGGUGCACCGGCUGCACGGCUACUGCCUGACACUCCAGCCCCAAUCGCGCACGCUCGGCCUGGCGCCCUGCGACCCCAACAACACCUUCCAGCAGUGGACCAUCACGCACAAGAAGCCCAACUGG